AUGGACAAGAACGAUGUGGAAGCCCAGGCGGCCUCCAAGCCAGCACCUCCCAGAGCUCCCUCGGAAGCAUCAGCUCCUGGGAUUGUGGAAGAAGGUGAAAUCGUGAUUCUCACAAACGAAGACAACAUUCGUAUCAGAAGAAAGACCGAUAAAACGAUCUUAGCGAUCCUUACUUGGGUAUAUUUCUUGCAGGUCUUGGACAAGGGUGUCCUAGGAACUGCUUCCAUUUUUAAUCUCCAGGAGGACACGGGCCUCGUCGGAAGUCAAUAUUCCCUUGUGUCGUCCAUUGCCCCUAUUGCACAGGUAGCAUGGCAGCCAUUCUCGGCAUGGCUCAUCGUCAAGGUCCCUCACCGUAUUCUGAUGCCCUCUAUGGUCCUCUGCUGGGGUGUUGCAGCAGCCAGCACUGCCGCGUGCCACAACUUUGCGGGUUUAGUCACCGCUCGUUUCUUCCUCGGUCUCUUUGAGGCUGGCUGCCUGCCUCUCUUCACAAUUAUGACUGGUCAAUGGUAUCGCCGUGUUGAACAACCCCUGCGCGUUUCUAUUUGGAACUCGAUGAACGGUACAGCCACUAUGGUGGCUUCUGCUUUGUCGUACGGUCUCGGCCACAUUCCUUCGGAUGUGCUAAAGCCAUGGCAGAUUAUCUUCCUUGUUGUUGGAUUGGUCACUAUUAUUAGCGCACCCUUUAUUUACUGGAAACUCGACAACGAUAUCACAACCGCCCGCUUCCUUACCGAACACGAACGACGACAAGGUGUGGAACGUCUUCGCGCCAAUCAGACUGGCUCUUCCUCUUACGACUUUGACUGGUCCCAGGUCAUCGAAGUUGCUCUUGACCCUAAGAGUUGGCUUUGGAUUGUCAUGGCCUUGUUGCCUAAUAUGGGAUCAGCAAUGACGAGCACUUUCGGUCCUCUUAUCGUCAAAGGGUUUGGCUUUGACGCAUACGAAACCUCUCUGCUCAACAUUCCCUUCGGUGCUAUGCAAACAAUUGUCAUUGUCGCCGGUUGCUGGGCCUCGUACAAGUUAAAACUCAAAUCCGCCAUUCUGAUUGGUUUCAUGGUCCCUGUCGUGGUUGGCAUCGCACUUCUCUACGCCCUCCCGCACAACCAAUCAAACCAGGGCCCGCUUCUACUGGCCUACUAUCUUUGUGCCUUCCUGUUUGCCGCCAAUCCUUUGCUCCUGUCAUGGGUUGUGGCGAAUACUGCCGGUGCCGCCAAGACGUCUGUCACGAUGGCGCUUUACCAGGCUGGCACAUCCGCUGGUGCCCUCUCUGGCCCACUUCUAUUCACCGCAGAGCAAGCUCCAUCAUAUCGUCCCGGUAUCAGGGCUGUUCUCGGGCUCUUCAUUGCUUUGGUUGGCUGUGUGGUCAUCCAGGUCCUCAAUCUAGCCUGGUUGAACCGGCUGAACAAGAAGAAGAGAGUCCGCAAUGGAAAGAUGGCGGACGUCCAAGAUAAGUCCAUGACUCAUGGCUUUGAGACUGACGGGAAGGUUCAAGACCCAGCUCCAGUGGAAGCAGCACCAUUUGUGGACUUGACUGACCGGAAGAAUGAUGAAUUUGUGUAUGUUUAUUAA